GAAGACUCUGACCAGUGUCUUCUGCAGACUGCUGCACUUUGAAGACUGAAGCUUAAUUCACUGGCUUCUUUGGAUCCCUUGUCACUAAGUCAAUUUUCAGACAAAGCUGCUUUGGAAAGAGCCAAGGAGAAGGACAGCUCCCCUUGGCCAAAUGAGCUAGGAGUACAGCUGAGUGGCCUUGAGGAGAAUCCAUGGAGCCCCAGAAGCCGCUGAACAUUGGAUUUCUGCUGUGGCCCGUGAGCUGCCUCUUGAUGGAGACCGCAAGUUCCUCAACAUCUCCUUUACCUGCCGUUGGAAUACAAGACAAAGCAGGAUGGAAACCACGCUCAAGGGAAAACCACGGGUUCUGGCUUAGCAACUUCAGAGAUUACUUGUGGGAUCGCAUCAAGAGCUCCAUACCCCCAGCAGCUAUUUUUGCUUUUCUUCUCGCCAUAGCCAUAAUGGGGACCCUCUGCUGCCUCACGUAAGCUGCUGUGGGAUGAGGAGAGGGAAGGAGAGGGGAACCUGAGGGAGAGGCAGAACAAUCAA